CUGUGUUGUCCACGAAGUUGUGAAGAUUUUGAUUUUAUUUCUCUGUUUUGAAAAAUUUUCUACCUUUCUACUUGUAAAGUGCGUGUAAAUGCUUGUAAAUCGUAAGCUCUUGUAGGUCAUAAUAAAACUCAGCAUAAAAGAUGUCCGCACAGCAGUGAAGCAAAGCCAAACAUGAAUGAUUUGAAAAGCAAAGGUCCUGUGGUCGACGCAGGCGUAUGCAGGUGUUGUGGUUUUGAGAAGAAAUGCAGGCUGCUAAACGCUGAAUACUCCUGGUUAGGGCAGAAGGAGGUUUACUCGGAUAUGUUUGUCGACUGCUUCGGCUUGGUGUUGUCAAAUUUGGAUGGGGAGGCUGCAGAGAGACUGAUAUGUGCCACAUGUGUCACAAGACUGAGAGAUGCAAAUCUGUUCCGCCAGCAAGUGCUGCAAUGUGAAGAGAAACUUCUCACCUCUUUUGUAGAACUACAAGAAGAUAAGAAACCCAUAGAAAUAAAAGAAGAGAAGAAACCCAUCAAAGUAGAGCUGGACUUGGAGGUGAGCGGCAAGGCUGAGGAUGACUCCAUGUCUGAUCACGAUUACAAUGAUAUGGAUACAACAGUGACAAUAUCAAGAGAGCCUUCAUGUGAAGAUGUCAAGAAGAAGACCAGGCCAAUCAGGCAAGUCAAAAACACGCCGAAGCCGAAAUUGCCGACGGUAAAACGAAAAUCCAGCCGGGUUAAAUCAAAAAAAAUUACAACGGGCAAGGUGAAGCGAGAAAAUGGAACCGACAAGAAACCGAUAGAUAUCCACAAAAUGCUAGACUUAAUUAUGAAAUCGAACAGCGAAAAGGAUAAAUCACUUCUAAACGCGGUCACCAUAGUGGAGAACUCUUACGCGUGUCCAUUCAACGCGUUCUUCAACAACUACCUCUGUAUAUACUGUAGGCAGAAGUUCGUGGACCCCGACAAACUGAGGGAGCACACGAUGACUCACGACAUCAAGAAAUACAAGGGCAUCCUCGAGAACUUCAGGCGGAGGAACAACAAGUGUCAAAUUGACUUUUACAGAAUCGACUGUCGGUUAUGCGAUGAAAAAAUAAACGACCUGAACACAUUCCAAAACCACAUUACUCAAGUGCACGACAAGAAGUUCUACACAACAACAUCCGAAGACGAUAUCAUCAUACUGAAGUACUGUUUAACCAACGAGAACAUAAAAUGUAUGGAGUGCAACGAUGUCUUCACAACGUUUCAUCCGUUGAGACUUCACAUGGCUGAACACUUUGGGACGUGUGUGUGCCACAUAUGUGGGACGCAUUACUUCGAAGACCGUUGCCUGAAGGCCCAUUUGAAAAGCCAUAAACCCUCCGAAGGUAUAUAUACAUGUCCCCAGUGUGGUAAAACGUUUAAAUGUAAAUACAACAUGACCAUACAUAUUGCCCGGUUCCAUACAAAAGAGGAUGUGUUCCUAUGCACUCAGUGCGAUGAAUCCUUCUUCUCUAACGCGUUGAGGCACAAGCAUAUGAUCGAAGUGCAUAAAGAGGACUUUCUGUUCAAAUGUAAGGACUGCGACAAAGUGUAUCAGAGCAGGAAACAGUUGAGGGAACAUACGAGGAGUGCUCAUCUGAAGAUUUUCAAACAUCUUUGUCAUGUAUGCAAUAGGAGGUUUUAUCUACCUGGUCAGUUAAAGGAGCAUAUGACAAUCCACACCGGGGAAAGGAACUUCCGAUGUGAACGGUGUGCGAAGAGCUAUCCCAGGUUGAAGGCGUUGAAGGUCCACAUGCAAUCACACAGUGCGGAGAAGAAGUACAAGUGUGGCCUGUGCUCAGCCUCGUACAGCCAGAAUGUCUGUCUGAAGAAUCAUGUCAAGAGGCAACACCCCACACUGCAUAAUAUGGAGGACAGCUAUCAGUAGUACCACACCCCUAUCGCUCCAUACAAGCGAAGCAUUACUACUACCGGAACACCGAUCUGUCCGCACACGAGUUUUAUGUGUAAUUGUUGUAGUGACAGUAGGACUGUGCAUGGAUCUGAGCGAAACCAAGCGAGCGGGACAAGGACACUAAUAUUGUAAGCAAUGGCUCCACACGCCAUACAAGCGAAUUUAUUUCAUUACCUAUGACUACUACCGGAACACCGGCCUGUCCGCAUACGAUUUGUGUGUGCCAGUGAUUAUAGUAGGGCUGUGCCUGGCCGAAGUCAGCGAAAACAAGCGAGCGGGACAAGGACAACAUUGUGUGAAGAGCUAUCCCAGGUUGCAGGCGUUGAACGUCCACAUGCAGUCACACAGCGCGGAGAAGAAGUACAAGUGUGGUGGACCCGCACACGAUUUUUGUGUGUGAGUAAGGGCUGUGCAUGGCUAAACGAAAUCAAUCGAGCGGGACAAGGACAACGCUGUAGUAAGCAACGGCAGUCCUUCUCGCUAGAAGAGGACAGACGGUUGAUCGGGUAGUACUGUAUGUUUAACUACCCGAUCCUGUCUGAAAAUUCAUGCACUAUCACACUAAUAUUAUAAAGGCGAAAGUUUGUAUGUGUGUGUGUGUGUGUGUGUGUGUGUGUAUGUUUGUUACUCCUUCACGCAAAAACUACUGGACGGAUUUGGCUGAAAUUUGGA